GAAUCUUUCGAAAAGAAAAAAAAACCCCAACCAGAACUCUAUUCCGCCAAGCCAAGCGAGCCUCUGCCUCUCCUUUUCCGCCAAUGGCCACCAUUUCACACAGGACUCGCGCUCUUUAAUCUCUCCGUUUCCUCCCCUCUUGUUCCUUCGAUCCAUCCUGUCGUCUCUGCACCCCCAAAGCUCCAACCUUUCCCGUCUCCUUGGCGUCCCUGGUCCGGCCCCUUCAAGACAAGAACGGAUUUUGUUGUGGUAUUGCUGCUGCUGCGGUUUUUGUCCUCCCGUAGGAGCUGAAUUCCAGCUCCAUUUCUUGGGGACGCCUUUCGGUGGGUUGUUUCGCUUUGGGUUCCGGAGCUUUGUUCCCGUUUCUUGAUUUGGAAGGCUCGGUUCUUGGUUUGGGAAGGGCCCCUUUAGAGGCGAAGAAUUUGGGGUGGUUUGAUGGCGUCCUGCGAGGAAACCCAGAUGCAAUGAUGGGUUCUUGAAGCCGAGGUGAAUCUUUGACCAGCCCUUGUCUGCCUGUUUCUUGGGCGAUUGCGGCGGAAUUUCCUUCGGAUUUCUCGAAUUUUGAGCUGAAAUCCCCCGGUUCUCGAUCCACCGCGCGCCAUGGGUCUCUGCCAUGGCAAGUCGGCGGCGGCCAUGGAGCCGACGGCGGUGGAGGAACCACAUGUAGCCAACGGUGCGGUGACCCCCGCCGCGGGUCGCGACGGGGCUGCGUCGCCGGCGAAGCCCCGAACGCCGAAGCAGCCCAAGUUCUCGUUCUACCUGCCGAGCCCGCUCCCGCCGUCGAGCUACAAGGGCUCGCCGGCGAACUCGAGCGUGCCGUCCACGCCGGCGCGCGGCGGGUUCAGGCGGCCGUUCCCGCCUCCGUCGCCCGCGAAGCACAUCCGGGCGCUCCUGGCGCGGCGGCAUGGUUCGGUGAAGCCGAACGAGGCGUCUAUCCCCGAGGGCGGCCAGCCGGAGCUGGGGCUGGACAAGAGCUUCGGCUACUCGAAGCACUUCUCAGCCAAGUACGAGCUCGGCCGGGAGGUGGGGCGCGGCCACUUCGGGUACACCUGCGCCGCCAAGGCUAAGAAAGGCGAGCUCAAGGGCGAGGACGUCGCCGUCAAGGUCAUCACCAAGGCCAAGAUGACAACUGCUAUUGCCAUUGAAGAUGUCAGGAGGGAAGUCAGAAUAUUGAGUUCUUUGACAGGCCACAGCAACCUCGUGCAAUUUUAUGAUGCUUUUGAAGAUGAAGAAAAUGUAUAUGUUGUUAUGGAGUUAUGCAAAGGAGGUGAACUGCUGGACAGGAUUUUGGCCAGAGGUGGAAAAUAUUCUGAAGAAGAUGCUAAGGUUAUUCUGCACCAAAUUCUAAGUGUUGCUUCAUUUUGCCAUCUCCAGGGUGUUGUCCAUCGGGAUCUGAAACCAGAGAAUUUCCUUUUCAUGUCAAAGGAUGAGAAUUCGGCCUUGAAAGUCAUAGACUUCGGUUUGUCUGACUUUGUAAAGCCAGAUGAAAGACUUAAUGACAUUGUUGGAAGCGCAUAUUAUGUUGCUCCUGAAGUGCUCCAUCGAUCUUAUGGCUCUGAGGCAGAUAUGUGGAGCAUUGGAGUAAUUGCAUAUAUUUUGCUUUGUGGAAGCCGCCCUUUCUGGGCACGAACUGAGUCAGGAAUAUUUCGAGCUGUCCUAAAAGCAGAGCCUAGUUUUGAUGAAGCCCCAUGGCCUACCCAUUCUGCUGAAGCAAAAGACUUCGUAAGAAGACUACUCAGUAAGGAUUAUCGCAAGAGGAUGACUGCUGCACAAGCUCUCUGCCAUCCAUGGAUCCGUAGCACUCGAGAAGUUAAGAUUAAUUUAGACAUGAUAAUUUACAGGCUUAUGAGGGCUUACACAAGUUCAUCUUCUCUAAGGAAGUCUGCUUUGAGGGCCCUUGCAAAGACAUUGACGACAGAUCAACUCUUCUACCUAAGAGAGCAGUUUGAAUUGUUAGGACCAAACAAGAGUGGUCAUAUCUCCUUGCAAAAUUUGAAGACGGCCUUGACGAAGAAUUCCACAUGUGCAAUGAACGAUUCUAGGGUUCUUGACUUUGUUAACACAAUAUGCAAUAUUCAGUACAGAAAGUUUGAUUUUGAGGAGUUCUCUGCUUCGGCUAUUAGUGUUUAUCAAAUGGAAAGUCUGGAGACCUGGGAACAACAUGCUCGGCAAGCAUAUGAAUUGUUUGACAAGGAGGGCAACCGGCCAAUUGUGAUUGAAGAACUUGCAUCGGAACUUGGACUUGGUCCUUCGGUUCCACUUCAUGUUGUUCUCCAAGAUUGGAUCAGACAUCCUGAUGGAAAACUCAGUUUCCUUGGAUUCAUAAAACUAUUGCAUGGAGUUUCUUCGUGCACUAUCCGUAAAGUCUAAGAUACCAUUCUUACAUCAACCAAGGAGAAAAGUGAUAGCUAAUCUCUGGCCAGUGCAUGGAUGGUUGUAGAAGUUGCAUGAAACUAAUACAAAGAUUAACAGAUCACCUUAAUGUAAGAGGUAAAAAGCUCUCUUUAGGUCCAUAAUUUGUGCUCCUCUGGUAUUGACUUCGUACUCAAGAUGUUUCGAGGAAUGUACAGAUUUGGUUAGGAAAAGAACAGAAGGGCUAAACAUUUGAGGCUGGUUUUUGUGGUUGUCAACGUUGUGCGGUGUUCUCCGUCUCAGUAAUGCAUUGGUACCUUUUGUUGUGCUGCUUAAGUUUCGAGGAAUGUACAGAUUUGGUUAGGGAAAGAACAGAAGGGCUAAACAUUUGAGACUGGUUUUUGUGGUUGUCAAUGUUGUGCGGUGCUCUCUGUCUCAGUAAUGCAUUGGGACCUUGUGUUGUGCUGCUUAAUGCCCUAAUUACACAUUAUACUGUUGUAUUGUUCAUUUAUGCUUCUAAUGAGAGGUAAUGUGCAGCUUUGAAACUUUGGAA